UCAGUCAUUUCCUGUCUAACACGAGAUUCCGCCCGCGCGCUACCGUCAUUCUCGUUGCAUCAGCUGUCAUUCAUACCGCCAAUUCAAACCGGAUAACCAUUGGAAAUUCACAAACUCGAGGAUUUAUAUCCGGAACGAGAUUCAGAGCGAUGUAUUUGUCGGAAUACACCGAUUCGCCUGCGCUUUUUUGACAUACAGAAGCCCCGGAGGAGUGGCGGUGGGACAUCCUUCCAGCUCAUCACUGUGACCCGGAGCUCCGAAUGAAUGAGCGAUCAGUUUGAACCUUACUUCAAAACAAAGCACACCGAUUGUUGAAUUAAAGAGGCUCUAAAGAUAAUAGAUAACUCUGUAGACGUGUUCGGAAGCUUAUCUCGAUGCACACGCAUCCUGACUGAAAACAGGCGUCCGCUCACAUCGCGUGCUCGGCUGGCUCACGCUCCUCAUACACUCAGACUUCGCUUUAAACUGCUUUAUCAACCAUUAGUCUGGUGUUCAGUGAAAUGCAUGAGCGGGGAUCGUUCGUCUCUCCGCUGCUCAGUGGUGUUUUCUGCCAUUGCCGCCCGGAGGAGUAUCAGGGCUCGGAUCCGGGAGGUGGAGGUGGCCGGACUCUGGGCUCCACGCUGGCCGCCGCAACAUCCCUCUCCGAGCACCGCCAUGAUGAGUCCUGCGACGCCCCGCAUUACUGCCCGGUGUGCGGCGGACCCGAGCAGGAGCAUCAUCGGCUCAAGGUGCUUUUCCAGAUCUUGGAUGUCAACAGAGACGGGGGCAUCUGUGUCAACGAUCUGACCAUCGGGCUGAAAAAGUUGGGAGUCCAUCGCACUGAACAUGAACUCAUGAAAAUCGUCAAGGCUGGAGACAAAGACUUGGAUGGUCAGUUGGACUUUGAGGAGUUUGUGCACUACCUGAGGGACCAUGAGAAGAAACUGAGGCUGGUCUUCAAGAGCCUUGACAAAAAGAACGAUGGUCACAUAGAUUCACAGGAGAUCAUGCAGUCUCUAAGAGACCUUGGGGUUCAUAUAUCUGAGGAACAGGCUGAAAAGAUCCUCAAGAGAAUAAGGAGGGGUCAAAUAUGUGCCCCUAUAAAGUAUAUGGAUAAAAACGGUACAAUGACGAUUGACUGGAACGAAUGGAGAGAUUACCACCUGCUUCAUCCUGCUGACAACAUUCCUGAAAUCAUCCUCCACUGGAAACACUCGACGAUAUUUGAUGUUGGGGAAAGUUUGAUGGUCCCUGAUGAGUUUACGGCAGAGGAAAAGAAAACGGGGAUGUGGUGGCGACACCUGGUAGCAGGAGGGGGAGCAGGUGUUGUGUCCCGUACCUGCACCGCACCCCUGGACCGCCUCAAGGUCCUCAUGCAGGUUCAUGCAUCACACAGAAACAACAUGGGUUUCGCCGGAGGAUUCACACACAUGAUCCGUGAGGGUGGACUUCGGUCGCUGUGGCGAGGGAACGGUAUCAACGUUUUGAAGAUUGCACCCGAGACUGCUAUCAAGUUCAUGGCGUAUGAGCAGAUUAAGCGGCUGAUUGGCAGUAAUCAGGAGACGCUGGGGAUCCUGGAGAGACUGGUGGCUGGGUCUCUAGCAGGAGCUAUAGCUCAGAGCAGCAUCUACCCCAUGGAGGUUAUAAAAACUCGUCUUGCCCUGGGAAGGACGGGUCAGUACUCUGGGAUCACGCACUGUGCUAAACAUAUAUUUAAGAAGGAGGGACUGAGAGCCUUCUAUAAAGGUUAUAUUCCCAACAUGCUGGGAAUCAUCCCUUAUGCAGGAAUAGACCUGGCUGUUUAUGAGACAUUAAAAAACUGGUGGCUCCAGAGGUUUGCUACAGACAGUGCUGAUCCAGGUGUGUUUGUGCUGCUAGCCUGUGGAACAAUGUCUAGUACCUGUGGACAGUUAGCAAGCUACCCUUUAGCCUUAGUGAGGACACGGAUGCAGGCUCAGGCUUCUCAGGAAGGCAGUCCUCAGAUGACCAUGACUGGUCUCUUCAGACACAUCGUGAGGACAGAGGGCGCUAUUGGACUCUAUAGAGGCUUGGCGCCCAACUUCAUGAAGGUCAUUCCUGCUGUUAGCAUCAGCUACGUGGUGUAUGAGAACCUAAAGAUCACUCUUGGCGUUCAGUCCCGGUGAGGGGAACCCGAAGACUGUUAAGAUCCUAAAAGGCUUUUGUAUUUCCUCGCAACUUUUCUUUUGAACUACUGAAAGACAUCGUCCAAGAGAGCAGUUUUGCACUCGGAGAACUGGAGCAAGAGCUAUGCGUCAAAGAGGUUUGACUUUAUUUGGUGAAUGGAAGAGUACCUGGAAUAUAUGAGACCACGUGCAUAGAAAAACUUUCAGAUCAAUACCUCGGCAUAAAAUGCAAUCCUAGCUGUAAGUAAAAUGUGAGCAUCUCAAAAUGGCAUCAGUAUUGGAUCUAGACACUCGCUUAUUCCACUCCUGUGUUUGCUAUAUUAUAGUAGGGACCAAGAAUGUGAAAGACAUUUUGAUCAACUGCUUUAUGGAAAGGACACAGCAUCCACUGAUUUAUCAUUUAAAGUGCACAACUGGAAUUGAAUUCACUAAAGGCUUUGGUAAAGACCAUGCUAAAAAUCCUGGUGUGAUCUCUUCAGAUGACUGAAUCAUCGUUCCACUGGAUGGCAGUGUUCAGACGCCCACAAACUUGCAUUUCAUUCAAAUAAUUUUACUCAUUUACUUUACUCCCUCAUGCUAUUACAUUAAUUGGCGUGCCAGUUUUCGCAUCUUGAAAAGUAUAGUAUAACAAGGGAAAUAUUUGAAAUAUGUCUUACACAUCAAAUGGUCCAAGUGAUAUGUUGAGGAUUUUUUUUUUUAUGUUGUUUUAUUAUUUAUUUUUGAUUUAUGGUUACUAUUAAAAAUUUGAGCACGCUAUAUAUGUGCACUCACUCCCCAUGAUGACUGGCAGCUAAUCCAGCGUUAUAAAACAAAGAAAGAAAGUGUUUUAAAACUCUGGGGUCAGUUGGAGAGGAAAUCCAGAUGUGGAUCAAGUGUGAAAUGACCUGGGUGUGAGAAUUCAGCACCAGCUGAAAUGUAGCGGGUAGAGUUCUGUGUCUAAACAGACAUUGUCCGUCCGCUCUGAAGUUGAAGGCAAUGCUACAAAUGGAUUUGUUUUUACAUUCAAACAAUUCUUGUUCAUUCAUUCAUGAAUGAUCUGCAUGACUGUAGUGUAAAUACAGUUUCUUACCAGUAUUAGUUUGCAAGGAUUUCAUACAUGACUAUAACACUCUGAUUUAAACUCUCUCUAGUCGAGGAACAUAUUUAAGCACUUUAUUUUAAUAAAAUUAAACCAGACUUGAAUUUUAGGAGGGUUUCCAAUGGAAUGAUAGUAUUCAGUAAUUGUAGUGGCUGUGAUUUUAAGUAGAUAUUAUUUUUCAGCAUUUGUGUUUAAUGUUCGUAUUAGGUUGGGGGACCGUUUUUGUAAAGGAAACACUAAAGUUUAGGUUAGGAUCUCUUUUGAAAAAAAUCUAAUGUAGUUGACUCGACUCUGCAGCAGUAGGCAAGUAUCUUGUUUAUUUGCAUAUGAAAUAUUUCAGGAUUAGCACCCUGAUGUGCAUUUUGACUGACAAGGAAAAAAAUAAGUUGCACUUACAGCUAUUGCAUGUUAAGUGCAAAAACCCACCAGUUCAAUGGCUUGUCGCCCUUUGUAAUUCUACAAGACCAUAGUGUUAAUAUAGUUGCCUUAUUUAUGAAUAAAAUAAUGCUGCUUUUCGACUACUUGGGGAAGCGUAAGGAGAUGGCGUUAGUGUCAGACUGAAAUCUUUCUCUAGUGAUUUGAUUCUCAGGUCUCAGAUACUCCUGAGACUCUUCUCUAUUGAGAUAGGUUUCUAAGUUGUAUGCAGAGUUUGUGAAAGCUUAGGAUCAGUUUGCCUUUCUCAAGCCUCUUAAGCAGAAAAUAAAUGACUUGGGUCAGUGAAAAACAGCAAACACCCUUCUGUGUCCUAAUGGUGGUUGAAUGGAAGUCCGCUGUGGCCCGAUUCCCUUUGAAUCAGUUCAGUCUUUGUAAUGCAUGUAUGUGUGUCUCGUCUGAAAAUGCACAAAUUGCACUGCAGAGACAUUACAGGGCUUUAAAAACUGUAUUGCCUGCCUCAUAAUGGAUGCAGCUUGUGUUUUGUUUGUUUUGCAUUUUGCACCUUUUUUCAGUUUCUCACAGGAGAAAUCUUUGGACUCCUCUGGACUUGUGAGCUCGACCCAUUUGUGUGGUUGUCCUGAGACUAAAGGCUUUAGAUUUGUAUGUGUUUGUGGCGUUCAGCACAAUCGAGGAAUGCCGUCCUUUGAGACUGCCUGCAAUCUAUUGCCUUACGGUUCAGCUGGAAGUUAGUGAGUGUAAAUGCACCACGUUCACUACAUGUAUAUCAAUAUGUACUGUUGCUGGGGUCCCCCGAGUAUCAUAAACAUACACGCUAAUCAAAUAUCCAGAUAUUUGUACUGCAAAACAUAUCUAGAUGUGAUGACACAUCUGUGAAGUUUAAUUGAUGCAGAGAUGUGCAAAUCAAUGCAAAUCCAUGUUUACUGGACAAAAAUGGAAAUAACAAACGAUGUCUUCUUAAAUGCAGAAAUUGAAUGUAAAGCGAAAAUAUUUAUGUUUGUAAAAUAACUGUUAAAUAAAGUUAUUCUUCAUUAUGUU